AUGAGCAUUUCAAACGACAAGAAUGUCUAUCAGAGGAGUGAAGGGAAGAACAGCGGCAAAGAGAGCUCAAGUGGUUCCAGCGGUUCCAGUGGUUCCCAUACGAAUGGCAAAAAUUGGGGCUCUUUUCGAAGCGGCCAUUACUUCGGCCUCAAGACAUGUGGUCCACAAUCGAUGGUCACUGGAAUGAUGUGGUUCUGGAACCGCAUUGAAGGACAUACACUACCAGUGAGGCAUUGGUGCGAUCAAAAUGAUAGGUUAGGCCGCUAUGGCUGGACUCGACAUGACUUCCACUCCUUCGGCAUUCAAGAGAUUGUCGACCAGAAUGUGGUCUUUGAGACCAGUUUUAUAAAGUUAUCGCAUAAUAGUUGGAAAGCGAGGAUUGAGGCCAAACCCAAGUACACGGAACAGUCGACAUCCAUGCCAUCGGUUCCAAUAUCACUCAUCUUCUAUGCGGCCACACAAACAGCUGAAGAUCGCCUUCAAGUGAUGCCAUUUAACGCAGACCUCAAACCCAACUCUAAUUUCCAAAUCGAAGGCCAUUCACAAGAUUUGGGAGACUUUCGGAUGACUUUAAAGGUUUCCAAGAAUAAGGCAAACGUGUUGUUCAGGAACUACUUGAAUACGGUUUCAAAUCCUCCUUUAGUUAACCUCAAAGAAAGUUUACUCAAUAAUUUAGUUCUGUUUGAUAUCAAUGACAUGAAUAGAAAUCCCAUAUUUGUUGUUAACGGCGACUCUUUCGACAAAAGGGAUCAAAUAAAUAGCGCUAACUUUGUUGCCCAUCAGAUUGUCUUCUCAUCUGCCGUCCAACUGGACAUUGAGUUUCAGACACUUAGUGCCCAAUCAAACACUGAAUCCAAUGAUCAGUCGGUGAAUAUUGAUUCGUAUAGAAAUGAAUUGGAGAAAAGAACUCUUCAGUUCGACAAAGACUUUGAGCUUAAGUUUGGUUUAGAGGAGAAAAAAUUUAGUCAAAAUGAGAUCUCUUUCGCGAAAGCAAUUGUUAGCAAUGUUUUGGGAAGUAUUGGCUGUUUUAACGGAUAUUCAUCGGUACAGUCGGACCCAACAGAAGAACCGGUGGCUUACGGACCGCUGCAGCUGUUGACAGGAGUGCCUUCGCGUUCGUUCUUUCCCAGAGGUUUCCUUUGGGACGAAGGCUUUCAUCAGUUACUGAUCGGUGAAUGGGAUCGCGAGUUAUCAGAGGUUAUGAUCGAAAGCUGGUUGAGUCUUAUGAAUAGCGAGGGUUGGAUUCCGAGGGAAGUGAUACUCGGAGGAGAGGCUGAGGCCAGAGUUCCCAAAGAGUUUGUCAACCAGAAGACUACUAACGCCAAUCCACCGGCACUUUUCCUGGCCAUCGAUAAACUGGAAGUGAUACUCGGAGGAGAGGCUGAGGCCAGAGUUCCCAAAGAGUUUGUCAACCAGAAGACUACUAACGCCAAUCCACCGGCACUUUUCCUGGCCAUCGAUAAACUGUUAAAUAACGGAAACGUUGACAUAAAAUGGUUGCAUAAAGUGUUUCCUCGACUCCAACUCUGGUAUAACUGGUAUAACAGUUCACAAACCGGACAAAUAUCCAGCACUUAUCGGUGGAGAGGAAGGGAUCCAAACAGUAUAACAGAGUUAAACCCGAAAACAUUGACAUCAGGUUUGGACGAUUAUCCGCGCGCAACACAUCCAACCGAUGAUGAAAUGCAUUUAGAUCUCAGGUCUUGGGUUGCAUUCGCAUCACAAGUGAUGUCAAAAAUAGCCAAAUUGGUCGACAAGUCUUUCGCCCAACGAUACGAAGAAACGGCCAAAUAUUUAAGUGAUAACCAGUUAUUGGAUUCUCUUCACUGGUCUGAUAAACACAAUAUGUAUUGCGACAAAGGGUUGCACUCAACACAAGUCAAACUCAUUAAAGUUCGCAACAAAUCGGAUAAUGGGUUCGUGAAAGUGAGGACAGAAGUCACUCCUCCCGCUUUCGAUUGCGUCCCAGAGUUAGGUUAUGUCUCUCUCUUUCCAUUUAUGUUGACUCUAAUUGAGACCAAAAACCCUAAAUUGGCUAAAGUUUUAGACGAUUUGGAAAAUCCUAAACUCAUUUGGAGUUCGUAUGGAAUCCGAUCGCUGUCUCGUUCCUCACCAUAUUAUGGUCAGCACAACACCGAAGUGGACCCCCCGUACUGGAGGGGCGCCGUAUGGCUCAAUAUGAACUAUUUGAUCCUCAAAAUAUGGAUCAAUAAAGUCGGCCCAAAAGCCAUUGUCUCUGAGCUCUUGACAAACGGUCUUUGCGUUCAAUACAAACUUCUCGAAGAAGUCUUCCCUCUCGAGUUCGAUGGCCUCGGAAUAGCCGCUCAUAUCGUUAACUGUCUUCUGACUCAUUGUGAUUGCAGUCAAACCAGCGCUCAGUUCUUGUCGUUUACUUUUUGGGAACAAAUUCGCAAACUUUUUGAUCACUUGAGUCGUGAGAUUAUGUGCACUGCAGUCGACGCCAUCCCAUGUGUUGGCCUCAGAGGCCAUGUCUUGGGCCACAAUGGAGCCCUCAAGUCGUGCGGACCAAAGAGACUCAUCUCAUGGUUAGUGGCCCUCAAGAAGGUGUCGGUCGAGUCGAUGGCCGGACUGCGGGUCCGCUCGGGUGCGGGAAUGCGACCCAAAGUGUAUGACUUGUCCGGCGGUUCAGAGCUGUAA